GUACAGUUACCAUAGUGAAUUGAGCAGACACUUGAGCAGGCUAAGUCUUGCUCUUACUCCUUCUUCCAGGAAGGAUGAAGGUCGCUGCAUUAUUGCUGCUUUCCGCCCAGGUGUUCUUAGCUGCUGCUGUACCAUCUCCAGCCGCCGAAGAACCCGUGUUAGCGUCCAUUCCUUGUAAUGACCGUGGAGUAGAAGCUGCUGCUGAUUUGUCUCUGCGUCAGCUAAAUGCCAACCGAAGAAGCGGGUUUGUGUUUGGGCUUAAAAGAAUUUCCGAUGUUCAAGAACAGUUCGAUGAGGAGAAUGGAUCUGUAUUUUAUCUGACAUUGGACGUUUUGGAAACUGACUGUCAUGUACUGAGUCGGCGACUGUGGACAAGUUGCGAGGCCAAGCCCCGUCAUGAAGCAGUUUUUGGACAGUGCAAAGUGAUAUUUCAGUUGAAUAAACCAAAAAGAAUUGCCAAACUCCACAGCUAUGACUGCACACUGAGUCCAGCUGCUCGUCUGGAGUUUGGUUGCGGAGGCUGCCAUUUUUCCAUACCGUUGAAUAAUAGUAAUGUUCAAGAGGUUGCACAAAAGAGUCUGGAGAAGUUUAACAAGGAGAGUAACAACAACAAAUACUUUGCUCUUGGAAACAUAACAAAAGGAGCUAGACAGGUAGUUGCAGGAACAGCUUACCAUGUGGAAUUUACAAUUCUUGAGUCUACUUGUAACAAAUCAGCUGAAGAUUUUUCCCUGUGUAACCCCCUGGACUGUGAAUUUGCACAUACUGGCUACUGUAAGAGUAUGGCUGUAGCACACUGGAGCACUCCAGAUGAAAAGAAUGUGCUAAAAGUGACCUGUGAAAUAUUUGAACCAGAGGCGGCUGUUGUGGAACAGCAGAAACAUAAUGAAGGCCAUGGUGCAGAUCAACCGAGUAAAGACAAACAAGAUCAUGGAAAGAAAGGAGACAGGGGAAGAGGAAAAAAACAUGGCCACAGACAUGGACAUGGGCACACUAAGCAUGGGGACAAACAUGGACAUAAACAUGACCACAAACAUGAUCAUGACCAUAACAGUGAAAGUCACGAGCAUGAGCAUGAGCAUGAUCAUGAGCAUCUACACAAUUAUGAGCAUCAUCAUGGCCAGCCACAAAGGCCUCAUGGUCCUCCAUCAGAUCCAUCUAAACCAGUUGGGACAAUUACAUAUCUUUCUGGAAAUGAAGCACCAACUACAAAUGCUACUCCAGAGAAAGAAAAGAAGGUAAAGGGAGCAAAACCAGAUAAGAAGCAGGAAAGGAAACCAUCUAAAUCAUUUAUUCGCCCUUUCCCUGAGAAGGCCUCGGUAUCAGACCAAUGCCCUGGUCCAGCCAAGAAUAUUCCAAUUACUGAAAAUGUUCCCAUUGUAGAAGUUGUUCAAGAAUCAACAACACUUCCAAAGUAGAUGUGAUAGAAAUUAUUCUGAUAACACACUCUUGUAUUUCUUAUUUUUGUAAAGAACAGCUGCUAGACUGCAUUUCAGGCUUAGGCAGGAAAAUAAAUGUGUAAAAAAAA